ACAAAUGACGCGUCAGCCGGGUACGAUAAGCUAAUGAAUUAUAUAGAAGGUCAGAUAUGUCAUGCGACUGUUGAACGCAUGUACGGUUCGAUUUUUCUAUUUAUAAAUUCUAACAUGGAACAAUAAUAAUAUAUGGUUGUGACAAGAAACGAAUAUGGAGAAGAUUUUAAGAGGUAUUAUGCGAUACCGCGUUUUAGACCGAGCUAGCAUGGUUAAGCAGUUUCAAGAAGUAAAAGACAAUCCAACGCCCAAAGCAGUAUUCUACACAUGCAUGGACAGCAGAAUGAUUCCUACUAGAUUUACUGAAACCAGUGUUGGUGAUAUGUUUGUUGUGAGAAACGCGGGCAAUGUCAUACCACACUCUCAACAUUUCGUUGACGAGAUGACCAGUUGUGAGCCAGCUGCACUGGAAUUAGGUUGCAUAAUUAAUAACAUACGUCAUAUAAUAGUCUGCGGCCAUAGUGACUGCAAAGCAAUGAACCUUCUCUAUCAGCUCAGAAGUGAAGAAGCCUCCGAUAAAGAGCAAAGAAGAAUAUCGCCAUUGAAGUCUUGGUUGUGUACUCAUGCUGAGACAAGUUUGAAAAAAUUCCUUGAAAUGAAUGGCGAUUUUACGAAACCUAUGCUAUUCACUGCCGAAACACCACAGAGGAGAUUUGUCGCCUACAUAGAUCCAGAUAAUAAAUUUUGCAUUGAAGAUAAACUAUCUCAGGUCAAUACAUUGCAGCAGCUUCAAAAUAUAGCAUCAUACGGAAUGUUAAAGAAACGCUUAGAAAAACAUGAUUUACAUAUACAUGCAUUAUGGUUUGAUAUUUAUACUGGCGACAUUUAUUACUUUAGUAGGCGCGCGAAACAAUUUGUAAUAAUUGAUGAAUCAACUUACGAAAUGAUUUUGUCCGAAGUCAGGAGAUUUUACUCUUAAUUAUAUCACAGAUUAAGAAAAUAAGAAUUAAACUCAAUAUAGUUAUAAGCUAAUUUGUUAUACCUACUAUCCUUAAAUUAUAGAAAUUUUAACGGUUUAUUUAUUAUUAUCUAACAGUGUAUUUAAUAUUAUUCAUAUUUUUUAAUAUUAUUAGUACAAAAUAUGUAUUAUGGGUUGUCAAAUCGGGAUGGCUGUUUUAAAAGGUUUUGUACAUUUGUAUCAUUAAAUUUGUUUAUUUUUGUAUUAGAUUUAUUUCAAUGUCCAAUGUGCCUGUAAGAAAGAGUGGCAUGAGCAAAUGCUUUACUCGUAUUUUCGGCUCAAUAAUCAGUUUACGAGUACAAGGUGAGAACGAAAACAGGGCUUUAUUGAACUGGAUCCCAUUCAUUCUCGCCCGCUCCUACGAACAUUUGACUGAUCCAUCCAAACCUGUAGGUUCUAAGGAUUAGGCUGCGCAAUCGCUAUUAAGUGCGAAGUGCAGAAUUGAUAACACAACUCUACAAAAAAAUAAUUCGUUCUUUGUCCUAACGUUUAUCAGGAGAACAGCUAUGCCACUUCCUACUGCUCACGACUCCUUUCAAACCUUACAUAUCGUUUGAAGAAGUUUGUGUCAUGGCACUCAAGAAACACCGUGUAGAGAAGAUUCAUUCUAGGGCCGAAUGGUGCGUGUUAUAAAUGAUCUAAGAUGAUAAAAAAUUACUAUAAGCACUGUGGUUGCAGGUACAUGACGUCUGCUGCGUCACUAGAUAGUGCUAUGUUAAAAAGAUGAUGACGCGAUUGUUGAAAACCAUUUCUUCAGAGCAUUCUUCAUGAAACAUACAGUACAAAACACAAACUCUCCGUAGCCCAGAGGUUCUAAGCAAUCCGUAAGAUCAGCAUAAUAGGAGCCCCAGCACAGAAAUUGUAGAAGCACUCCAUGCGAGGCCAGAAGUGUGUCUUACAAAACAACAGUUCUUUAGGAAUGAAGUACAGCCUACGUAUUAAAAGCCAUCAUGGUUUUACCAUCCAAACGAUACCGAGUCAGAGGCGGAUUAUCCGUAAGGCACACUAGGCACGUGCCUAGGGGCGUGUAGUUACAAGAGGCGCGCGAACUCAGAAUUUUUAAAUAAAUAAAGAAAAUAACAUAUCGACUUUCUUCACAGUUAUAACGUCAUAUUUCAUUCGCGCAUUAGCGUAAGUACAAGAGACCUGGUCUACUAAAAUCUAGGGUUCGAUGAUACGUCAUUGUAAUUACAAAAACAACUAGUUAAAAUUUAUAGUAAUAGGAUGGCCAUUUAUGGCCGGUACAGGGGCGCCGAUAAAGUGAUUGCCUAGGGCGCCUUUAAUCCGCCGCUGUACCGAGUACUGAUACUGAAUACCGAAUUCGAAACAUCUAUCCCAAGUAGCACAAAAGAUGUGGAAGGUUGCAGUUGUAGGUACUUCAGAUUCAGAUUUAUAUGUGCAAUAACGUUGGAUAAUUAACUGUUCAGUAUCUGUGAAAAUUCAGAAAUGUUCGAAAAAGAAACAAAGCCACUGGACAUAGCGGGACUUCAAGAAGGUUCACUGAAAAAGUCUCAGUAAAUAGACACCAUUUAACUGAGACUAUCUUUCAUCCCAUAUUAUUUCGCUUCACAUUAUUUUUCAUAAAACAGAAUUUACAAAAUAUUACGCUGUAUGGUGUAAUACCUUUGCCUUUCUAAUUGAAAAAAUUGAACUACUACUGAUUUUUUUUUUUAAAGUCAAACUUCACGCAAUGUGCUGCAAUAUUUAAUUUUAUAGUAACUCUGAUAUAACUGCAUACACGUUAGUUUUGUUUCUUUGGAUACUAAUAAGUUUAAGUGACACUAUGACUAACAGCCAACAAAUAUUUGAAUACAAUGAAGAAUCACAAUCUGAAAGACUUGCCAGGAAGUCAAAAGAUUCACCAUUUAUGAUAAUUGGUAAGGAGUUAAUUAAUUAUAUCACAAAAUUAAUUUACAACCCAAAUUGUGUUUAAAAGUAGUAGUGCAUGUAAAUUCCCCAGAGAUUGCAAUGCAACAACUUUUCUCUGCUGAGUUAUUUACUGAAAAUCCAAAUCAUGAUAAGCUCAUAAACAAUUUGCACCACUAUGAUGCAACCAAGCAAGAUAUAUAAUAGAGAAAUACAACAAUGUAAAAAAUAUGUAUAUGGUAAUUUAAAUAAAAAGAUAUUGAUAUUAUUUAUAUAUAUAGGGGGUGAAUGGCUAUUUGGUUUAAGCGACAUUUCGCUUAAUGUGUGACAUUUAUCUUUGUAUUUAAAGGUGCCUUUAUUUGGUACUAGCAUCAACAUUUAAAUCUUUUUAAUUGAGCUUCACUUAAGUUUACACCGUACCAAAUGGCUGAAGAAGUUUUUUUGUUAUGAUAUUUUUUCCAAAUUUUAAACUUAAAUGGCUCCCCUGUAUAUUUGCAAUAAUGUCGCGUAAACCAAUUACCAUUUCACCCCUUGAUAAAAUUGCACCAUAAUAUGUUACAUCAUCCUUGCAAAUGAUAAUAGAGUUUAUUAUAUUUCAGGGCUCCUUGGAUUAGUAGGUGUUUGUGGCUAUGGUGCAUACAGUUACAAGAAGAGAGGAAAAAUGAGCACUAGUGUAUUCCUAAUGCAGCUCCGAGUUGCUGCCCAAGGCACUGUAGUGUCAGCUCUUACAAUCGGGCUGGCAUACACAUUAGCAAAGGAACACCUCUUUAAAGAUUCUAAGAAAGAAUAAUUAUUGACUGGUUUCAAGCUCACCAUUAGUAAUUUUUUUUGUUUAGGGAACUUGCACAUAGCACAUUUUAAAGAUCUGCAGUAUUAAAUUAGACCCUUGCUGUCAGAUAAAUCUCAUGUUUUUAAAGUUCAUAUAAUUCAUAUGCACUACUGGCUGUUGCCACUUAUAUUAAGCUAAUAAUUAUUAUUUUUGUGUAAAAUUAUAUUUCAUGAAUAGCCUUGCAAAUGCAAAUUAUUACAGCAAGGUUUGUUUUAAUAGAAAUCUCACUUUUAAAUCUCAAAAAAGCUGCUUAGUGUUAAGGUUCCCAGAUUUAGAGUAAUUUAGUGAUAGUUUUGCAAAAAGUUCCUAACUACUUUUUUAGUGAAUUCUCUUUUUCCAAAACUAUAACUAGUAGCUGAAAUGAGUUCUGUGAUUUAGCUGGUAUUAUUUAUUAUAAUGUGUGAUGACAUUUUGGUGCAUACUGUUAGCUGUUUUAUUUAGCAUAUUAUAACAAAUUUUGAUAACAUGCAUACAAAAAAACAUUGGACUCCAGGAAAGCUAUUUUUAUAGCACCUUUUAAUACAGUAUGUAUAGAAUAUUAGAAAUAUACACUCAAAAAUUAACUACCCGAUUAUUAUGACGAAAUUCUUAUUAACUUCAAAUGUUAUUAGAAACAUUGUAAAUGUUGAAAUUAAAUAUUUAAAUUGUCAA